AUGAAAUUGAGCUUGUCGUUUUAUGCAAUCCAAAACAUGUUUGAGUACGUGGUUGUUCGGUCUGAUAAGAAAGACUAUCUCGUAAAAUGUUCACGUGAUGAGUGUAAUUGGACAUGUAGAGCAUCAAAGUUAGCCAGAACAGAUAUGUUUAAAAUUAGACACAUUGUAGAAGGUCACAUAUGUGCUUCAAACAUCGUACUCAGUACUCAUAGGCAAGUAACAAAGACAGUUGUGUCAACCUGCAUUAAGUACAAGUACACAUCAUCGCGCACCAUAUACACACCGAAUGAUAUACGCAACAACAUGCUGCAUACAUAUGAAGUAUCUUUGAAUUAUGUCAAAGCUUGGCAAUCUCGAGAGGAAACUCUAAAAAUGCUAAGGGGUGAUCCAACUUAUUCAUUCAAUAAGAUACCAACCUUUUUUUUUGUGCUACAACAAACAAAUCCUGGAUCAGUCACAAGUCUAGAAAUUGAUGCUCACAAUAGGUUUAAAUAUUGCUUCGUGGCACUAAGUGCAUCUAUACGAGGAUGGAAACAUUGUAGGCUAGUUGGUGUGGUUGAUGGCACAUAUCUAAAUAGACACUAUUGUGGCACCUUAUUCACGGCAUGUACACAAGAUGCAAAUAACAGCAUUUAUGUACUUGCUUUCGGGAUUGGGGAUAACGAGAAUGAUAGCUCCUGGACAUGGUUUUUUAGACAGUUGAGGAAAGAAUAUGGGGACAGAGACGGUUUGUGCUUGUGUCGGAUUGUCACAACAGCAUCAAAAAAGCGAUUUAAAACGUGUAUCCGGGAGCAUGUUAGGGGAUAUGACGAAGUUGGACCUGAGAGAUGGUCACAUUUCCACAUGCCUUCAAACCGGUAUUCCACAAUGACAUCGAAUAUUGUGGAGUCGGUUAAUGCGGUCACAAAGUCUGCCAAGAACUACCCUAUUCUAGCUUUGUUGGAGUCAUUGAGACAAAUUCUACAAUCUUGGUUCUGCAGACACAAGGAAGACGCCCAAGGCACUUUUACAACCUUGUCAAGCAAGUAUGAGAAGAAGAUGAGGGAAAUGAGCACAAAUAUGAGAAACUUGAGGGUUUUCCCUAUUAAUCAGGCAAUGUUCUCAGUUAGAGGUGAACGUUCCCCUUUCAUUGUUGAUAUAGAAAAUCGGACAUGCACAUGUAGGAUGUUUCAAGUUGAUCAACUACCUUGUCCACAUGCUUUGGCUGUGUUUGCGAGUAUGAAGAUGGAUCCAUAUGAAUACUGUUACUACUACUACACAAGUGAAGCAUUCAGAAAUACAUACCAAGAAACCAUUUUUCCUGUAGGAAAUCCAGCUGAAUGGAUAGUGCCAAAUGAUGUCCAUGACAUAGUUGUAAUUGCACCUAAUCAAAAGCGAAGUUGUAGAAGACCUACUGAGAAGAUAUUCAGACCAGAGUAUGAGGAAAACAUAACCGUCAAAUGUGGUCGAUGUGGUGAAAGUGAUCACAAUCGUAGAACAUGCAGCAGCUUAGUUCCGUUAAGUCAAAGCAAUAAGAAUAAAGAGAGGAAGAGGACGAAGACUGGAAAUACACAUUGA